AUGGGUAUCGAUUUGAAAGCCGGGGGUAAGUCCAAGAAGACCAAACGAACAACACCAAAAUCCAAUGAUAUCUAUCUCAAGCUUCUCCUCAAGCUUUAUCGUUUCCUUGUUCGGAGGGCUCCCGGUAAUUUCAAUGCGGUUAUCCUUAAACGUCUUUUCAUGAGCAGAGUCAAUAGGCCACCGCUAUCUCUCUCUAGGUUGAUUCGCUUCAUGAAGGGAAAGGAGGGUAAGAUUGUUGUAGUUGUUGGAGUUGUGACCAAUGAUAUUCGUGUUUAUGACGUUCCUGCAAUGAAGGUAACUGCUUUAAGGUUCACAGAAACUGCCAGAGCUAGAAUUGUGAAGGCUGGUGGGGAGUGCCUUACUUUUGAUCAGCUGGCUAUUGAAACUCCUCUAGGCCAGGACACGGUUAUUCUUAGAGGUCCCAAAAAUGCCCGUGAGGCUAUCAAGCACGAUGAAGAGCCUCAAAACAGUCGUAGACCAUCACAACCAUGCGCGACAAUUUCACCCAAAGCCAACAACCAUUACGGAGCAACUUCGCAUCCCACAUGUUGUACCCAUAACAUCGGCAAAAAAAGGUAA